CUUAGCGUUUUAGCAUCUGUGUCAUUGCAUUACAAUGUGCUCGCUGUACAAAACAUAGAGAAAAUGGAUGGGAUAUUACCUUCUGGAAACCAUGUGAGUCGUCACUGCUGCGGUCUUUUUUGAUGCUGUGGCGGGUUCCGUUCUUCCCAUCGCUUGAAGAGAGGUAUCGAUAUGGACGGAAGGAGAAGGAAAUACGUUGCCCCAGAUUCAAAAUAUGAGAUUCCAUCAAGAACAAGGAGAUACUGGAAAAGGAGGAAGCUGGUUGAGGCCAUCAACAUGCAUCUGUCAAAACAGGGAAUGUAUAACCAUCCUCUGUCCUCUGAGUCCUCUGACCUCGACUCUGACAAUGGCUCAGAAGAAGGACACGAUGGUGGUGGGAUUACUCAGAACUUGGAUCAGGAGUCCUCUGACAACAGGUCUGAAGAUGCACAUGAUGGUGAUGACAUUACAAGCCUGCACACAGACCCUGAAUCAGAAGAGCUACCACCAAAUUUGAGCCAAACAACAGAGUCAUCAAUCUUCAGUUUUGAGGACAGUGUUGACCUUGGUGUGUUUGAACCACUAUGGCAAACACACCAAGGUCAACACUGUCCUCAAAAAUCCAUUACUGACUCUGAAUCCAUUGGCAGUGGAGAAGAAUUUCCCAUGGAAGACAGCACGGACAAGUCAGUAAAUGAAGAAUCACAUUUGGGAGUAGACGUUAAUGAAAGGCUUCCUCCAGUAAAUGAUGAGCCACUUUACACAGGCUCACAACUGACAAAAGCUCAGAGUUUUUUUACUUAUACUUUCAUAUGCUUUGAGACACUCACUUACUGGUGUGGCCCUGUCUGA